AUGGAGAAUCGAGUGGUUGACCCUUCACAGCUCAAAGACUCGUUUGAUUGGGAAGGAGAGGCCAAGAGAGUUCUCACCACAUCCUGGCACAGCCUUCGCAUGUGUGCCCGUUUCGGUCUCGCGGGAAGUGCUCGAUACACGCACGCUGUCGCUGUGAAGCCAAGGGGCAAGAGGGGUAUCGAAGAUGCAUGGCCGAUAGUUCGCAUUAGGGACGUACUUCUCCGCGUGCAUGGUCCCCCUUCACUCAAUGGAAAAGAACCAAUAACGAUGACGGCGAACGAAACUCUCUUGAUGUCCAAAGAAAUCAUCAGCCUCAACCUUCCCGUAACUUCCACCGUCAACGUCAUCAACACGCAAUCGGACCCUUCCUCGCCCACAUACGUAGUGGCAUUUACACCCACGGAGUGGGCCUGUCCGCGCAGUUUGCAGGAGGCUCUGAGCUAUGCCGUCGACCGAAGCUUUAACUCAAUCUCUAUGGAUUGGGACAUGGACGAAUUAACGGUAUUUGCGACCGAUCUGGCGAAACUGGUGGUGAGGGACCGUGAAGGCACCACCAAAUUUGCAGAAGUAUCCGUCGAGAAUGCAGCAUUGUAUGCUGGCGUGCACUACGUGGCUUCGGCCAUCUCAACAUCCACACUUGUCAAGACAGCUCUCUACGGCAACGAUGCCAAUAGCUCAGGUCACAUCCUCACAGGCUCAGUGACCCUCAGAAUCGCGCUAGACCCAAGCACCGUAAGCGUCUCGUUUGUCCCCUCGCCGCUUGCCAAUUCGAUACCUACCCACCCUACCCCGCUACCCGUCUUCAUCGGCGGCGGGCCCGCCGGUGUCGGUGGAGCACCCGCAUCGAAGGUGUCGGGACAGGAGGAGUUAGGGAUCGUGGUGGAUCCAGGUGAUCAGGGUGUAGGUGGAAAGAAGGGAGCGAGCUAUUGGACCUGUGAUUUUAGUGAUCAUGUGAUCUCCAUCGUUUUCUUUAGGAGUUCGGGUGAAGAUAUCGAGAUUGAGAGCUCGGAGGCGAAAAGACCCUCGAACAUGUGA